ACUGGGUUCCCUGAAUGCACUGAUGAUCGUGGAUUGUUCUUCCCCUUUGCAUCUAAAGAGAAGGAGACUUACCACAGUUGAUGUCAUGGAAGCUGAAGCUGCUAAGGCCAAGUUUGCAGCUGUUAAAGAGAAGUUCGGGCAUGACCUCCAUGUGUUUGAAACAUCGCUAGUCUCUUCGUUGUUGCCUCAAGCGUCUAAUGAUGAGGAUACAGAUGAUUUUUAUGAUUUCACUACAGAGGAUUAUUAUCGACUUCUGCCGACAAAGAGGGAAGAUAAAUAUUUAAAGACGAAAAAGAUUCGAGAAGCAGAAGAAGCUGCUCGCAGGUCAAGAAUAACAAAAACUGCAAUUAGGAUUCGUUUUCCUGAUAAUCAUACAUUGGAGGUGGUUUUUUAUCCAUCUGAAAAGAUUCAGAGCUUAUUUGAUCUUCUCUCAAGAGUGCUUGCUCAGCCAGAAGUACCCUUUUACUUGUAUACUACUCCUCCAAAGAAGGAAAUCAAAGACUUGUCACAGGAUUUUUACUCGGCCGGUCUGAUUCCUGGUGCAAUCGUGUAUUUUUCAUACGAUAAGCCAAAUGGAGAGGAUAAUGCAUCUUUCAGUUCUGGUCCCUUCCUCCAGGAAGAGGUUAUGUCUUUGAAAGGUUUGGAUGUUGUGCCUGAGCCAGCAGAGCCGGUCCAGACUGCACUGGAACCUGCAAGGACAGCUCCUCCUCCAGUACCACAAGAGCCCAAGGCUGCUGGGAGAAAACCCGUCAAGCCAAAAUGGCUAAAAAUGUGAUCUGACAGAGCUCUUCUAGCCAAGAUUCAGCAUCCAGAAACAACUCAAUCAGAUAGAAGCGUGCACGCUUCUAAGGUUGUUUCUUGCUUUUAAUUGUGAAAGUUGCAACAGUGCCAGAGGAACUCGCUCCUUUUCCUAUGACAUUUCUUUAAAAGGUUGUUUAUUGCUUAUAAUUGUGUGAAUACAAGUCGACUGUCAGAAAAAUAAAAGGGAAGAAUGGUUUCUUCUUUUA